AUGGCAGAAAGUGGUAUCAGACAAAAAAGCGCCCUUUCAUCUUCCGCCACUGUCCCCAGUCCGCAAAUGAAUUCGCAAGCAAGUCGUUCUACGAGCGAACGGCAAAAUAUUUGGGAGCAUAGAUUGGGUAUCCGCGCACCAGAACAGAACUCGGAGCAGAAGAAAUACUGGGAAUAUCGAAAUAUCUACCACAUUCCCGUUCCACAAGGAAUCGAAUUCUGGGAGGACGAGGAUAAGAAACGAUGGGAGAUGAUCAAUAUUGGCGGUUUGGACGAGAGUGAAGCUAAUCGACAAAUUAAAAAAGCGAAAUUGCAAUUAGCUAGGGAAAGACAACAGGAAAACAGAGGAUCGCGAACUCCACAAACAACAAAUAUAUUUUUCAUUAUAUCACUGAUCUGUUUUGGAUUGCAGAUAGUUCUUGCAGCAAUCUGCAUUGGCUUCUGCAUUUAUCAGAUUUUCAAUAAUAGUCAAAUUGAAGCUGGUAUUGCUUUUCUUCUUUUGGCAUUAAUGCUACUGAUUGGUGCUGCCGGUGGUAUUUUUUCAGCCUUGAAGAGAAGUGAAAAUCUCGCAAUAUGCACUACAGUUUACAACGUGACAUCAGCUGUCGGAAUUAUUGUGGCGAUAAUCAAUUUGUAUUCGUUCAGAGUGGGACAGUCCGGUAAUCUUAGUGCUUUCAUUCCAAUAGCAGGUGUAGUUGCACUGGUUCAGACUGCUUCGUUCGGAGUGGUUCUGAUCAUCUAUUUUAAUUUAUCUUCUGCUCAAAAUUAUUCAAGACAUAUCUCAAAUGCAGAAAUGCAGCAAAAUCGCAGAAGAUUGUAUCAGAAACCAAUGGAAAUGAAAGCACGUGGAAAACGUGAACGGGAAUUGAACAUGAAAACUGAAGAUGUUACCAGAAAGUACAAGCAAUACUUACAAAAAAAGGGUCAAAUUGCGGGAAAAUCAGACAAAGAAGGAGUUCGUGGGGAAGGGUCAUUUGAACAACAGAUAGCUGUGCCUCCUGAAUCGAGACAAGUUAAAGAUGAGCCGCUUCAAGACAAUUCCGAUUCCAAAAAUAAUUCUGCAUCACCGGCCGAGGAAGCGGAGCAGUAUCGCGAAACUACAGGUGAUCUAUGGCAUGAGUAA